CGAAUAAUGCUUUCCACGUAAAGACACAGUGCAGCUUUUGUGCAAUUGUACAUGUAGUAGUUUGCUCUGAUAACGCAUGUAUAUGAUGAACUGAAUGUGUGGACUUUUCAAUACCAAGUUAUUCCCACUAGACUGACUUCCCACAUUCAUCCUGUUGAUUUAAUCAAAACAAAAACCAUUGUAAAAUUUUACGCAUAUAUAUUUUUUUAACUGUAACAUCAACAGGCUUCCGUCCUUUUAAGGCUGUUAUGACAAGGUGGUUUUUUUUGUAGGUCAAAGCGUAACUGGGCCUGUUAGAACGAGCUCAACUGAUUGAGAUUAAUAGGCCAUUUUCACCACGAUUUGCUUUCUGCAGGCUAUCAUAUACGACAAUCCACCACAGCUAACGUUACGAGAAUGGAGCAAGAGGCUAAUAAGUCAAAUUCAGCAUCGUCAUUCUACGAUAGUUUCAAGGAUGCACGAGAUAAACUGAAAAAUGAAGUGCCCGAUGACAGGUCCCGUUAUGUACGGAUGGAAACACGGGAAGACAAGUCCGCCAUUACAGGAGAGGCAUUUCAGGCUAUAAAGAAAGGAAAAUGUCUGACAGAGUGGCAAGGCAUUAUAAUGUGGAAGGACCCGUUAUCCAUCACGAUAUAUCAGUCCAUGCUAUGGGAGCUAAAACCCGCCACCAUUAUAGAAAUCGGGGCCUUCCGGGGAGGCUCGGCAUUGUGGCUGGCAGAUCACGUGACCACGUUCGGGUUGAAGUCUCGCGUAAUCUCGUCCGAUAUAGACUUGUCUAACCUUGACCCAAAGGUAAAACAAAAUGACAUCAUCACCUUCAUCCAAGGAGACAUUUACAAAAUUGACGAGGUAUUCCCGGAGAGCCUGCUUGAGUCGCUCCCGCACCCAUGGAUGAUCAUCGAGGAUUCGCACGAGAACGUUGCUGGCCAGUUGGAAUAUUUUUAUAAAUACAUGGUAACGGGUGACUACUUCGUAGCAGAAGACACCCACCAUGACACCAUCGCCGAAUCGAGUGCUGACGGUGGACUCAUUCAUAAACCGAAUUGGGGUCCCGAAAAGAUGAAGGUCCUACGGGAGUUCUGUAAGAAACAUCCGGGCGAUCUGCUGGUGGACACUCGCUACAACGACAUGUUCGGGUACAACGGAACAUGGAAUAUGAACGGUUUCCUCAGAAAAAUGUGACUCGCGGAUACCACUUGGAAUGAUUUUACGUCACAAGUUGCACAUGGCGUCUCGUGAGCUUCUUAAAAGAUACAUGAAAAGUAACUGUAAAACGAAAAUAUUACUUUUAGGAGAAAUGGAGAAAGUUAUGCCCCAAAAAUUGGGGGAGGGAGGGGAAUAGUUAUUUUAUCUCUCUAAAUACCCCCUCCUCCUCCCCCUCCCCAUUGUUCAUACAUGUUUGCGUCAACAAAGCAUGAAACUGGUAAUCGCAAUGCUUGGUUUGGUUAGCGAAACUUCUCGCCUUCACUUCACUGUAAGUUCCUCAUGAAGCAAACAUUUACCUGCAGUCAUGACAGUGUUUGGUACAAAUCAUGACACACCAUGCUGCGAUUGUCACGGACUUGGGCAGUGGGGUCGGGUGUUCGAAUCCAGUUGCUGCUGCUCCGGCUACAACAUUUUAGACAAGGGGUUUGUCAGGUACUAUACGAAUGUCUGUGGUUUACUCCAGACGCCCUGUUUUUCUUCGCCCAUAACUCUUACCACAACGAAAAAUUGCUUGAGC